GUGCCGGCCCUCGGGCGCCCCGGGGAGCUGGCACCGGCUCUGGCUCACCCUGCGGUGGCUCCUCUCCCUCCCUCUUUGGCACACAUGUAACACGAAACUUCGCAUCUCCACGACAACCAGCAACAAAAAAAAAAAAAAAGAAAGAAAGGCAGAGACAACAGCUGGCUGUCAGCAGCGGAGCAGAGAGGAGCCGAGCGAGCAGCGAGCCGCAGGAUGAGGGGAGAGAUGACGUGAAAAGUUUAAGAAGACGAAAGAAAAACAAGAGGAGAAGCAGAGCUGGCGGUCGGGAAGCAGAAAUCCCAAAGCAGAGAGUCCUUGAAGCAGCAGAAAGUGCAGUCAAUCAGAAAAACAUUUGCUUCCUCACGAGUAGAUUGGAGACUGCACCACCACCAUCAAACUUUGUCCCUGAUGUAAUUCAGACCAAGAGCCAAGAACAGGAUACACAAAUCAUUUCACCUCUGCCUCAUCCACCAUCUCUUAGAAUGGAAACAAAAUUGAAAACCUGUUGACACAGAAUCCUGCAGCACUAAGAAUAAAGCAGCCGUUUCUGGAGAAGCUCACUUGGGCAUAAAGCCUGGAGAGGUUGUGACAGAAUGUCUUCUGAAAGCUUUCUGAAGGAAGUUCAAGCCAUUGGUGAGAAGUUUCUCCUCAAGCUCCAGAAACUGCCCAAGGCUGAGCCAGUGGAGAUUGUCAGUUUUUCUGUGGUUCUUCUGUUUAUUGUUACUGUGCUGGUGCUCACGAUCAUUGCCUGCAGUUGCUGCUGCUGCAGCUGCUGUGGCUGUGAUGGACGCCCUGAUCCCAGACGCAAGAAGAGCCAAGUCAGCCCAGCUGCCCAUUCCUGAAGUGACACAACCUGCUAUCAAGGACACACAUGGAUAUCAGGAUUCAGUGCUAUGGGAAUGACUUUCCACGCUAGCCCACUGAAAAUGGCAAUAACAAUAUUAAUGAACAUGACUCAAAGGACCAGAAAUCAUAGCAUGGAGUUCCUUCUCUCUGUGAUAGCCAUAACUGCGACCAGAAAAGUAAAGCUCCUUUACCAUCACUGUGGCCCUCUUCUGGGCUGGGAUGGGGUGGGAGGAAAUGGACACAGAUUGCUGAGAAAAGAGAGAGCUUUCCCAAAGACAGCCCUGCAGCUGGGCCAGCUGAGGAUUCCCCCCAGGACAUGGAGCUACGGAGCAAAGCAGAGGCCACGCACACAGCCACACACGAGGCACUGCCUGCUCCUGCUCUCCUCACCAGAAGGAUGGUACUGGGCAUUAGUAAAACCCACUGACACCACUGGGGGGUCCAAUUGCUCAGGUCAUCAUGGAUCAAGGCCAAACUUGCUUCAGGAGACACGUUUAGCUGAGAUAUCUGCUGGAAAGAACAAAUGGUGGACCGUCUCCUCCCAAUGUGCCAGCUGAGGCUCUGAGUACAGCUUGUGUCAUUUCAUUGGUGAUAUGAUGAUGGGAAAUUGCCAAAGAAAACAGAUCAUGUGGAAUACUCUUUGUAAAUAGAAAGAUGAUGGCAAAAGGGAAAAACUCACCAAUCCUAUGGUUUAUUUUGAUCAUUCUCUGCUCAACAUGCUCCCUCUCCACCCCCUGUGGUUCCUACCCUUCUGCUUAUUGCAGAUAAAUGGCUCUUGCAGAGCAUGGGAGCUCCAGGAGAUGAACAAAUCCCAAUUCUUACUUGAGGGAUCUCUGUGCCUGACUCUCUGCACUGUGUGCAGUUUAUUUUAGUAGACAUGAACAUGAUGCCAAGGGUGUGUUUAUGAGCAAGCACAGAGGCAUUUCAGAGGAGUGACACAUGAUGGGAGCCAUCACUUCAGGGUAUGUGUGCAGCAGCUGACAGCGGGCACUGUGACAGAGCAGAGCCAAGAAUGGGCUGCUGGGCUGGAGUUAACAAGUGCAAAUAAAUCCCUUUUCCAUGCUGCAGCCACUGUGCAUGUUUGGUUUACACUCUGGUGAACUUCCGAAAGGGAUUUACCGACGUACAAGGCUGUGGCACAGGCCACCACUUCCACAACUAGCACAGCACAAGAAGGCCACAAUUCUGCACUAAACUCUGAACCACUGGUGUCUCAGCCACAAAUGGGAGACCAACCAUCUUUGUGAGAAGGUAUAAACAAUUACAUUAAUAUAGAGAAGUCAUCUUUUGACUCUGUAUCCCAACUAAGUGUAUGUACCAAAGCCAACGUCUAGCUAGGGAGAACAGAAUCAUCAAGCUUUUAACAGUGGGUUUUAAAAUACUCUUUACACUUCAGGAGGUACAGAAAAAUAAAGAAAUCUCUGUAUAGAAAUGUAUUUUCUCUGUUGCCUGCACCCAUAUUAGUAAAAGGCACAUUACUUCAGCUUCUUAUGUAUUUAAUGCACUUUAUUUUUUGCCAACAAACUGGAUCUAGGUAUUUGGUAUUUUUGUACUGCUGCACAUUGGACUAUAUCUGCAGCCAGAGACACAGUCUAAGAAUUAUAAGAAAAAAUAAAAUUCCUAAAACUA